GUCUGCAGCUUCUGUGGUCGUUCUUCCUAAAGUUUUCCUAUUGUUUUUCCUAAAUUUUGGGACCAAUUUAUUCUAAAAUGAAAUUGUAACACCUCAAAAAUUUUAAGUCUCAUUUUUCACGCAUGCAAGUAUUCAUGGAACUUCGUAACACCGCUGGAAUGUCUUCGAUUUUGCUGUGUUGAGCCGAGUCCAAGGAGAUAGCUACUGAAGAUUAAAGAAGGGACUCAAUUAUGGCUGUCCACGGAGCCACACCUAAAAGGAAGGAAAUUUACAAAUACGAAGCCCCAUGGCCCCUCUACAGCAUGAAUUGGUCUGUACGGCCGGACAAACGAUUCAGGCUUGCUCUUGGCAGCUUUGUAGAAGAAUACAAUAACAAAGUGCAAAUUGUAUCACUCGACGAGGACUCAUCAGAAUUUAGUCCGAAAUCAACCUUCGAUCAUCCUUACCCCACCACUAAAAUUAUGUGGAUACCGGACAGUAAAGGUGUAUUUCCUGAUCUAUUAGCUACAAGUGGGGACUACUUAAGGGUCUGGCGAGCAGGAGAACCUGAGACAAGACUGGAAUGUGUACUCAACAAUAACAAGAAUUCAGAUUUUUGUGCCCCCCUUACAUCGUUUGAUUGGAAUGAAGUUGAUCCAAAUUUAAUUGGAACAUCCAGCAUUGACACAACAUGCACGAUUUGGGGGCUUGAAACAACCCAGGUUGUUGGUCGAGUGAACUCAGUCGCUGGUCACGUGAAGACACAGUUGAUCGCCCACGACAAAGAAGUUUACGAUAUUGCGUUCAGUCGAGCUGGUGGUGGACGAGACAUGUUUGCGUCAGUGGGUGCAGAUGGCUCCGUUCGAAUGUUUGACCUGAGGCAUUUGGAACAUUCUACAAUCAUCUACGAAGACCCUCAACACACACCUUUGUUAAGGCUUGCCUGGAAUAAACAGGAUCCUAAUUAUUUAGCAACUGUGGCAAUGGAUGCCUGUGAGGUUAUAAUAUUAGACGUUCGAGUUCCAUGCACUCCAGUUGCAAGACUCAACAACCAUCGAGCGUGUGUGAAUGGCAUCGCCUGGGCACCACACUCUUCAUGCCACAUCUGCACAGCAGGUGAUGACCAUCAAGCAUUAAUAUGGGACAUCCAGCAAAUGCCAAGAGCUAUUGAAGAUCCAAUACUGGCCUACACUGCCGCAGAAGGCGAAAUCAACCAAAUACAAUGGGGUGCCACCCAACCAGACUGGAUAGCCAUCUGCUAUAAUAAAGCGCUUGAAAUCCUGCGAGUGUAAAAAACAUUGAAUCUUAUCCAAUGCCCUGUAAAUUUUUCUCAUGUAAAAAUGGGGGAAAUUUUUCGACGAUUGUAGUUUGUAUCAAACUGUUAGGAGCGUAACUUUUCUUUCGUGUGUUCUGUCUGAUCCUGUCGCUGGAAUUAGCGAUAUUUCUCAGUAUUAAAUCAUUCUAUCUUCAACAGAUAUAUUCCAAAGAAAGAGAGGAAGAGACUAAAUGCUUUAGAUAAGUGCCCUUAGUGGCUAAAAUCUUGUACUUGAGUGAGUUGUCCAGCUCAGUUGUCCAGCUGAAUCAAAUUUUGGUUGUUCGUACUCAUGGAUUAGUAUAAAUUAACUACAUUGAUUCAAAGCAAAAGUAUUUGUCUUCUAUCGUUAGAAAAAUGACCUUCUGAAGUCAUUGGUCAUGGAAGUUCUUGGUGGAUGAUUUCCUGGGUCUAAUGAGAAUACAUCGUGGUUUUCUCCACUAUAGUCUUCAUGGGUACAACCUUUGCAAAUGCCUGCUUGAUUAGAUUUAUGGGAGAGUCACGCAAUUUUCAACACAUCUCUCUCUCUCUCUCUCUCUCUCUCUCUCUCUUCUUAGAAAGGAUUAGUAUUUUUCCAUUUAGAUUCCUGCAUCAGUUUUUUUAAAGAAAAGAAACAAUAUGCCUUUCUCAAUCGUAUCAGCUCAUAUGCAUCUUUUAAUUAAACUUUAAACUUAUUAUGACAGUAAGGAGUACCAAAGUUAUCUGGAAGGACAAGUCCCUUCCCCCAUGAUCCCCCCUGUUCUGUCUUUACAGCUUGAACUUCCAGAAAUAAAAAAAGUGAAAAUCAUUUUCACAUAAUCGGUUUUGAAGCACAUCUUCAGGUUUUACUUCUAUGUAUCACACUGUUUGAUAUGCAUGUCAAAUUAAAGCCAUUAUCAAAAUUUAAGUAAUCAGAGAUACUAUAGGUGAUCUAAAAUGGUAGUCUGAAGUAAUUAAAGAUUUAUCGUUGGAACAUGAAAUGUAAAUGAGGUCAAACGGAUGUUAUCCAUCCUGAGGGCUCUAGAAUAAAUCACAAAGUACUAUUUUCUUUUUCCAGUUAAUUUUAAUGUUUCUAUAACGAUAUAAAACUGAUUUAAUUCAGUGAAGUUGCCAAAUACUGUGAUUUCAUGCUUUACGAAAAAGCUGUAUGAACUCUAAAUUUUCACUCUUCAUUCCCCAGCAUUUUUGAGGUCCUCUGAAAGCAGUCAUCAUACUGUUGGCAGCUUUUAAAUAACAGUAGGUUGUUCUCAGUUACCACACUUUAUUUCUUAUCCAGAAAUGGAGAAUUUGUAGUUGUCUAAAAUGUAAUGACUUAAAUGUUUAAAUGGAAACUAUCGAGUGAACUUAGCAUGAAACUAUCCUUGUUUCUAUGUUGAAGGAGUUAUGACCAAAUGACCUAAUCUGCUAAAAUACAUGUGUUUAAAUGGGGUAUGCCACCUGAUGAUGUGUCAAGGCGGUAUAUUUUCUCACUUUUAGGUAUAUUUUUGUACAAUAUCGUAUAUCAGAAAAAAAUUGGAAAAAAAUACAGGGAGCAUAUCUCAGUGAGCACUCCUAGAUAAAGUAUUUAACAUUUUUUGUGUAUUUUCUCCAUUAAAAAGAUGUAACAUAAUAUUCGACAUGCCCAUCUGUAUGAUGAUACACUGAUGCUAGUCAAAUUACGUCACACUGAAUUAUUGCCUGCACUUUUUGGCUGUGGAGCCACCCAACAACGAUACCCGGCUGUAAUUGCCUUAGCGCAGGCGAACAUCGCAAUGUUAGAUUCUUAGCAAAAUAAUGAUGGUUAUUUUUAUCCUGAUCAGCAUGCUAGUCAAAGUAUUGGGCCUAUGCGCAGGUUAUUAAAUUGAAUUUUGAUAGUAAAAGCUUUUAGAUAAUUAAAAAAAAGUACCUAAUAUUUGUCCAAAACAGAAAAUUUCUGCUGCUUUCCUCAGCCCUUAGGAGCAUUCUUCAAUGCCUAUAGCUGGGGAAACCCUUGUUCCUAUACAAACAAUUCAUAGGUUUAUUUUACAAGAAACUUAUUUUCUUUUCUAUCAGCAUUUCUCAAAUUUUAUUUUAGAAGCAAUGGUUUAUCUCUUUCCUAAAAAUAGAUUAAAUCCAACUAGUCACAGUCGGUCCAGCCAGCAGUCUCUUUUUUUUAAAAUGAUAGAUGUUUCAUCUUCAAAUAAUGCAAUCUAUCAGUACAAGAUGCAGAAAAUUUUUUUUGCUUUGUUACUUCAUAUCUUCGUGAAUCAAAACUCUUUUUCCUUUUUUACCUGAAUGUUGUACUUUUCGUUUUGCAAGAACAAUAAUUUUUUUAUACUGAAAAGACUUUCAGGCAGAAACUGCCAGAAGUAAAAUAACUGUAUAAAGCUAAUUUUAAGGUCAGAAAUAUUUCAGAGAAUACUCUAAGUUUUUAUGAAUGUCAAGUGCGAAAGUGUACAUAUAGGAUAAAUAUAUUUUACAAUGUGUAUCACAUAAUUUGAUCUGACUUGAAUCUUGUAAAUUUAUUUUGUCUGUAUUGUGAAAAAUUAGUUCAAUUGUAAGCAUUUAUAUAAUCUGGCAGUGCUUUGAUCAAUAAGAAUUUUUACCCUAU